GAGUCGUUGCCUUUGCUCUCGUCCGACCUGCUGGCUCAGUUGGCCACCUAUCAGGAUGUCCUUUACACGGGCCGUGCUUUUGCGGACCAGACCGCAUUGCGCAUUGCUCUAGCCACGCAUGCUCUCAACCACGUCAUUCAAGCCCGCCAAAUGAUUCUGCAGCACAAUACACUCUUGGAACGAGCGGCGCGUCGUGCCGCAGCUCACCCAGAUGAAGAAGACGCCGGAGCAGCAGACCUUGAGAAUGCCGUUCGCGACCAGGGCUUCACUCGCCCGCGCGUCCUCAUCCUGGUUCCGUAUCGCCACUGUGCUCUUGCCCUCAUCACUUUGAUGCGCCAAAUGAUGAUUGACCUCGAUCGUAAAACUGAUACCUUUCGUCAUUUCAAAAAAUUUGCCCGUGAGUAUGGGGCUGAGCCGCGCGACUACAAUCACUACUAUCCAGAGUACCAUUCUUUUUUCGCCGGCAAUCAAGAUGACUGCUUUGCACUCGGCAUGGCCGUCAAGGCGAAGAAUGUCAAUCUUUACAACGACCUGUAUUCCUCCGACAUUAUCGUGGCCUCUCCUUUGGGUCUUCGUCGCAUCAUUGGGGGGGAAGGCGACAAAAAACGUGAUUUUGAUUUCCUGAGCUCCAUCGAGCUGGUCAUCGCUGACCAGGCCGACGUCUUCCAUAUGCAAAACUAUGAUCAUCUCGACCACGUGCUUGCUCAUCUCAACCUGAAGCCCGUUGAGCCUCGAGACGCGGAUAUCAACCGCAUUCGCCUGUACCAGCUGGAGGACUUGUCGGCGCACUUCCGACAAACCAUCAUUGUUUCACAAUUCAUGAGCGCUGAGCUUUCUGCCACUUGGCGCCGCUACGCACAAAACUACUGCGGCAAGGUAAGCCAGCGCUUCAAACUGCGUCACAUUGCACACCCGCGUCCACCCACCAUUACGCACGUGAUUCCGCGCGUGAGCCAAAUCUUUCACGCGCUUGAUGUGCCAACGCGGGUCGAGGAGGCGGACGUACGCUUUCAAUACUUUUUGGACCAUGUCUUGCCCAUCAUCAGCAAGCAAUCACUCAAACACGUACUCGUGGUCAUUCCGUCUUACUUUGACUUUGUGCGCCUGCGCAAUCACCUCAAAAAGAACCGAAUCAACUGUGCCCAGAUCUGCGAGUACACGUCACAAUCAAAUGUGACCCGCGCCAAAUCCUAUCUUUACCACGGCACUCGGCCCCUACUGCUCUAUACGGAGCGCUAUCAUUACCACUUUCGCUCUCGCUUUCGCCGCGUGCACCACGUGGUCUUUUAUCAGCUUCCCCUCUACCCUCAAUUUUACAGCGAGUGGCUCAACAACAUUGGCCCAGAGGAGGCAGCCGAAGCCACGUGUACCGUCAUGUACAGCCGCUACGACGCCCUGCGCCUGAGCAAUGUGCUGGGCGAGGAGCGUGUGGCUCGCAUGUUUGCCUCAGACCGCCCCUCCCAUAUGUUUAUGUGA